CAUCACCCGCCUGACCAGAAUCCCAGAUCAAUCACCGUCGCUUUCAUCUCCUUUUAUUUUUUCGUCUUCCUCCAUCGCUGAUGUUUCUCCAUUUCACCGCCCUCUUCAUCCUCAUCAAUUUCAAUCCAGAUCAAUCCAUACUCCAUCCCCUUUCCAUCACAUAUAAACCGUAUUUCGAUUAGAAUCACCCUUUCUAACAGUUCCACCUUCUUCUUCAUCAUCAUCAUCAUCAAUCCCCAUCCCUAUUUCCUACAAAAGUGCAUCUCAAAUUGUAAGUUGGCGUUGGGAACCAGGAUGUCGACUUCUCCCGAUUGUUUUGCAACUUCUCUCUUCUACACGGCUACACCUUGGCAGAAUGAGAGUAGUGUCGCAGCAAGGAAGAGCAAGUUGUACUACUCAUGGGCCAACUUUUCAUUUCUCCAUCGUCUAAAUCCAGAUCAACUUUUCAUCAACAGCUCUUCCUCUUCGCUCAUUGGGAUUAAUCCGAGUUUAGAAGCAACUCCUCUCUCCAUUUGGGUCUUAACUUCAGGAUGGGAUCCAUUUUAACCUUAAAGAGCAUGCUAUUGUUGAUUUCAAUGUUUCUGUAGAACUUCAUAUUUGAUAACUAUUGAGUUUUAGCAUAGUUAUUAAGUUUCCUGAUGAUUUGCCAACACAUGGGAAGAUUAACCCACGAUGGUAAAUGAAUCCAAAUGAGACAUAUUGUCAAUUGGUUCCCAUAACCAUUUUGGAUAUCUUGGAAGUGGAAUGAACUCUCAGUCUGGUCAGUCAAUGUGAUUUUAAAGACACCAGGGCGGAUCCUAAAUGAUUGAAGUUUAUAAUGUGGAAAUAUAUAUUGAAGGAAAGUUGAAUCUUUUCACUUUUGGCUUAGUUCUUAAAUAUCAUACUUUUGGAUUUGGAUAUGAUAUUUCAACUAGGAGCAAACAGGCCGGUCUAAGGGAAAUGUGAUGAAAAGUAUGAUAUGUGAAGAAUAUUCUAAGUUCCAAAAGAUAGCUUGAAUUUUGUGCUAAAUGAACUUCUCAGUUUUGUGGAGUCCUCAAUUUGGUUGUGAUAAAUUUCUUCAAUUACAGUGAAGAAAUAUGAUAAACAUUAUGACCCCGUUUUAUAGCACUAAAAUCGGCGGUUUUGGCUAAUUCUGCUGAAAUUUAUGAACUUCCGGUUGAAGUGGCUGCAUUGGCCGAUUAUACUGAUUUAAGAAAAAAUUAUUUAUAAAAUAUAUUUUAUUAACAAAAUAAAGAAAAAAUUAUAUGUAAAAAUAGCUAAAAUAGUCAUCUACAGUAACUUCAGCCAAUACAGCCAGAAAAGUAACUCCAACCUUACGUUUUCUGCUUAUCACACAAUCAGCGCGCGAAAGCAAAAAUUACGUGUUUGGUUAAAAAAUUGGCUGAUAAGGCUGAUAAGCCGGAAAACAGUGUUGUCAAACGGCCACUAUGUCAUAUGGUAAGAACAAACCUACUAAUGUGAUAACCAGCUUUUUACCUAUUUCUUUUUGUUCUUUUUGCAAUGUUCUAUAGCGUCUACAUCUUGAGUUUCUUAAAUGUUUGUGGAAGCAAUCACACUUCUUUUUUUCACCCCAGGGGGUGUUUGGGAGGCUGGGGUAAACUGGGACUUCACACUUAUACUUCAAUAGGAUUAAUUGGAAGAGGAAAUGAAAUACUUUGAUGAUCUGACAGUUAAUUUGCCAUUGGAUCAGUUAAUUAGUAAACCUCUGGAUGCAAGUGAUGCUUGGAUGUUUUAACAAAACACAAUUCUUGGAUGUGUUACAAUUAAAGACCACUACUCAUUUAUUCUUUUGGCAUUUUCGGCGAGGGGAGGGAAGCAAGGCCUUGUUCGUAUUUGUUCAGAAUUGUUGGUGGCUGGUCGGUUUUUGUUUGAACGAAGGAAGGAAGAUGGAGGAAUUGCUAACAAAUACAAGGAUAUGGCUAUCGGGGAUCAAGAGGAAGAACUGAUUUUCGAGCAGGAGUCGCUUGAGGAGGAAGGAGGUUCGGUCGCGGGAGACGUUUUUCCGGUAGUGGGGACUGUGAUUACAGAUAGGGUGGUGAAAUUUUCAGCUCUUCGAUAUCUCAUGGCCUCAAUCUGGAGGCCAGGUAAAGGUAUUUCAAUAAAGGAGAUCAGCGAAAAGAGGUAUAUGUUUACUUUCUAUCAUCAUAUUGAUAUGGAACAUGUACUUGAAGGUGGGCCGUGGAUUUUUUAACAGAAUUUGUUGAUUCUUCGGGCAUUGAAGCCUGGGGAUGUUCCUCUCUGUGUACCUCUGAAUGAGGCUGAGUUUUGGGUUCAGGUACACGACAUUCCUUAUGAUUUUAUGAAUUUGAGUUGGGGGUUGCUAGGAGAGUUGGGAACUAUAUUGAAAAAUUUAUCAGUUGGGAUAAUAAUCAGUUUGAUAAAAAAUGGAAGCCCUAUAUGAGGAUUAGGGUUUGUUUGGAUGUGGGGAAGCCUUUAAAGGUGGGAACCACUGUCAGGAAGGGCCAGGGUGAAGGGCACUGGGUUGACUUUAAGUAUGAGAAGUUGUCUAGUUUUUGUUUUUCCUGUGGUGUUAUAGGACAUGCUGGCAGGUUUUGUCCCCUGGUUUACGAGAACGAAUAUGUGGAUACCAAUAGGCUGUAUGGCGUCGGCCUACGUGCAGGAGGGGGGAAACACACAUGAUGAGGGAAAAUAAAUGGCUAGUUCUAGAAGGAUAAAGGGAGGGAAGCAAGGCAGACCGAGAGGAUGGUGGAAAAGCUGGUCCGAGCAGGAAAAGAUGGGCUAUUUCUUUAACUAGGAAUACUAAGAGCCGCUCGGAGGAUGAAGAAACAACGGUUGUGGAUGACAUUAGUGGAGAGUCAAAACGUAGAAGGACGUGGGAAGAGACCAGUGGCGAGAAAGACGAGGGGAGAGGAUGGCCUUGGACGACCCAAAAAACGGGGAGGGUUCGGGUCGAGACGCCUCGAACCGCCGAGCUCUUUAAAAAUGCUUUCAGAUGGGAACGGGUGCUGGUGCUCGUUCAUGUGCUUCAGGAUGCAAGUUAAUUUCCACGCUUUUACUAUUUUUAUUUUCAUGUUAUGCGAUCAGACUUUGUUUUUUUCCUUUACUAUCGUUUGGAUUUGUCAAACUCUUAUAUUAGGUGAGGGUGAUGAGGGUUUUGCUUUGACCACGUUUGGCUCGUGUAGACCCAAUACAGAAUCAGCGAAUCAUAUUGCUCUAUCUAGGGUGAUUGGUUCUCCAACUGUUUCGAGGGUCGGUGGCUGGAAGUGUUUCCUCUAUCAUUUGUGUCCCUUGCUGAAUGUUUUAUUAUCAAUAUAAGCCUCC